UGCCCUCUGCUCCUGCUCACGGGCUUCCUUGGUCUGCCCACACUGCUGGCCUCAGGCCCAGACACCUGCUCUGCUCCAGGAGAAUGGCUGCUUUUCACAUGCUGUGGAUGGGACUGGUCCUGCUAGGGGUCCUGGGAUUCCCUGAGACCCCAGCCCAGAGCCUUGACUCCGUGCAGCCCAACUUCCAGCAGGAUAAGUUCCUGGGGCGCUGGUACAGUGCCGGCCUCGCCUCCAAUUCGAGUUGGUUCCGGGAGAAGAAGACAGUGCUGUCCAUGUGCAAGACAGUGAUAGCCCCCUCAGCAGACGGCGGCCUCAACCUCACCUCCACCUUCCUCAGGAAAAACCAGUGUGAAACCAAGAUCAUGGUGCUGCAGCCUGCAGGAGUCCCUGGACAGUACAUCUAUAACAGUCCCCACUGGGGCAGCAUCCAUUCCGUCUCAGUGGUGGAAACCAACUAUGAUGAGUAUGCACUGCUGUUCAGCAGGGGCACCAAGGGCCCUGGCCAGGACUUCCGCAUGGCCACCCUUUACAGCCGUACCCAGACCCUGAAGGACGAGCUGAAGGAGAAAUUCACCAACUUUAUCAAGGCCCAAGGCCUCACAGAGGAGAACAUUGUUUUCCUGCCCCAACCCGAUAAGUGCAUUCAGGAGUGAAAAUAGGUGAAAGAAGUCAGCCAAUGGGCUGGCUUCACCUGGUGACCCAGUCCUCAGGAUUUGUCUGCUCUGCUACUCUGAGACCCCAAGCCCUGGCUUCCCAAAGUGCCUCUGUACCACCCAGCUUUUACCUUACAGAGUAAUAAAGUCUAAUGCAAGGCA